AUGGAGCAAAAUCAGAAAUUACUGAAAAAGGUUGCUGCCCUAGAAAGGCGAGUAGAAGCUCAGGAGAAGCAGAUACAGGAACUUAAUAGGAGAACUACUGAUUUAAAGGUAGAAGCCCUAAAAGGGCGCGAGGUACAAGGUCUGAUAAUGAGAGACGCUCGAGUGGAUCAUGAAAGGCUUAACUCGCAUGCUGAAAGGCUUGGUAUGAUGAAUUGGAGGGUCCAUCAGUUGGAAGAAGCCCGUUUCGCACCUGAACCCGAGCCAGCCCCAGUCCCGGCACCUCCCGAGCCAGAGGCGGAAGAGUCUGAUGAAGAGCCCGAAGAGGAGGAUGAAGAGCAGGAAGAGGAGGAAGAAGAGCCGGAGGAGGUCCCGGAUAAUGACGGAGACGAUGAUGAUGGUAGUGACCUCGGUGAUGGAGACGUGGACGACUGA